AUGCUCAAUCACCCGAUCCCCAAGGAGUGCGAGGUCAUCCAGCCCGCCUCGCCGCGCGGCCAGACGCAGACGCCGCUCUUCCUCAUCCACGACGGCGGCGGCACCACCUUCGCCUACCACUGCCUCUCGCCCCUCGACCGCGCCGUCUUCGGCAUCGCGAACCCGCGCUUCCACUCGGGCGUGCCCUGGGACGGCGGCCUGCCCGAGAUGGCCGCCGCCUACAUCCAGAUGAUCCGGAACACCGUGACCAAGAGCCCGGAGUAUCCCGCGCUGGCGCCUUUUUCGCCGUCGCCGUCAUCAACGUCGCCGCUGCCGGCGGCCGGGCGCGACGGGAAGACGACGACGACGACGACGACCAGGAGAAGACGGAGGAUCCUGCUGGGCGGGUGGAGCCUCGGCGGCCUGCUCUCUUUGGAGAUUGCGCGGCAGCUCGGGGACGAGGACGAGGAUCUCGAGAUCGUCGGGCUCGUCGCCGUCGACAGCGUCUACCCCGUCUGGCCCGAGGGCUCGCGGGUCAAGGUCGGGCGGUUCAUCGACGAGCUGGAGCCCGAGGCCAAGAACCUGAGGCUGGCGCGGCGGGCGAUGAAGUUGGCCGGCGGGAUGGUGCGGGCGUGGAAGAUGCCACGGUGCGGUGCCGCCGCUGCCGCGGCCGCGCCGGCGGCGGCCGUAGCCGCUGGCGACGAGGCAACGGAGAAGGACUUUUACUCAACCAAGGCCGACAAGGAGACGGCCGAGGUCGUGUGGGAGAGGCCGCCGCGCGCCGUGCUGGUCAAGGCCAAGGAGAAUAUGCCCUUGUCCGCAGACGGCAUCAGCUCGGUGGACGUGUGGCGCGGGGACAGGAAGCUAGGGUGGGAUGGGUAUUGUCCCGGCUUCGUCGUGACGGUCCUGGAGACGGAGGGGAACCACUUCGACAUGUUCUCGUGGGGUUACAUUGAAGGAAUCACGGAAAAGAUUGCCGAGGCGUGUCGGAUCCUGGAGAGGGGUUGGUGA